AUGGCAAAGGACCCGAGCCGGAGGAAAGCUCCUCGGAAAAAGCGAUUUGCACAGACUAAUGGGGAACAUUAUCAUCACUUGGAUGCCCUAAACUUCAGGAAGUCCCUUUCGCAAUGGGACAGGGUCAGAGGUUGGCUAUGUCCUGGUAGGAACACCCAGCGGCGACAAACUGAAGUGGAGCAUUGGAUGGGGAAUGUUGGGAAUGGAGAACAUAUUUGGGGUAAUAGUGCAGGGAUCAUAGCCCAAAAAUAUGGGGAGAUCUGCAGAAUCACGGGCUCUGGUGCCUUCGGAGUGGUCCUGCUCUUGCAUAAGACACGGAAUUGUAACCCCCCCAUUGACCGCUACUAUGCCUUGAAGGUCUUUCGUCACAGACCCGGUCAACCGUUGGCUGAGUAUCAAAAGCGAGUGAGGGCGGAAUUCUCGAUUGCUUCCUCGUUACAGCACCGGAAUAUUAUACAAGCGUUCGAACUUCUCUCUGUUGGUACUGAUAACCUGUGUGAAUGUAUGGAGUAUUGUUCCGGUGGGGAUUUAUAUUCCCUCCUGGUUAUCUCUGGCCCCUUAGAGACGGCGGAGGCAGAUUGCUUCUUCAAGCAGCUACUCCGCGGUAUCUGCUACAUGCACGAAAUGGGUGUCGCCCACCGUGAUCUGAAGCCGGAGAAUCUUCUCCUAAGUCAGCGUGGCUGUUUGAAAAUUUCUGACUUCGGUAACGCGGAAUGUUUUCGCUUCUCGUGGGAAACUCAAGUGCACAUGUCGAGGCAGCGUUGCGGCACCGGGCCAUAUAUUUCUCCCGAACAAUACCAUGAGGAAGAGUUUGAUCCUCGAUCCGUUGAUAUCUGGUCGGCGGGUAUUGUAUAUGUAGCUAUGAGAACAGGAAGGAAUCCCUGGAAGACCGCAAAUGAGGCAGAUGAAUGCUUUAGAGACUAUCUCGAAGACCGCCGGGCAGGUCGGGGGUACUUCUUGAUUGAAGAUAUAGGCCAUGUCAGGUUAUCCACCACCCCUUCCGUGAUAUCCCCAGACCGUUAA